AGUAUUUGGCAACAUACAACUUGUCUUUUUAUUCCCGAUUUUUUCCGAAUGAAUGAAUGAACAAACAAACAAACAAACAAAAACAUUCAAAUUGUUAUCGAAAAUCAUUGGUCCACGAAACAAAAAUUUUUUUUUGAAAAAGUUGAAUUGAAAUAUAAUUUGUUUGUUUUCAUUGUAUGUAUUGAAUAAAUGAUACCUGUUGUGAGAAGUGUAUAACAACGAAUUGCAUUCGUAGAAUUAGCCUGUCUGGAACUGUGCCAUCACAUCAUCAUUUCAUUUACUAUUAUUGAAUAGUAUUUUUGUCCUUAUCAUCGAAAACAAUUUUUCAUGCACAAGACAACAAUAUUUUUGAUUUGAUGGAAAGAAGAAAAUGUCCAGGCAACGAACAAGUCAACGAAAAGUAAAUAAUCAUAAUUUUUCACUUCUGAUUGUGAACAACAGCUGAAUCUUUAUUAUUAUUAUCGCCAAUUUUUUCUCAAUCAAUUUUUUCAUCAGUUCAAUUGAAUUUUUUUUUUAUUCAAUAAAUGUCUUCGAUUUACAUAUUUGUCAUCGUCAUCGGUCUGAUUAUGGCCGAGAAUUUGGUCAAAAGUCAAUCUGUCAAUUUUAUCGAUUGUGGUGAAGGAAACGUGAAAGAUGUUCGAAUAUUUCCAUGUAUGGAAAAUAUCAAUAACAACAACAGCAGCCAUAAUAAUUCGCUAUGCGUCAUCGAAUUGGGCACCAAUGUGACUGUUGAAGCAGAUUUUGUGGCUCCUACCAAUACAGACAAAUUAUUCGAAGUGAUCAAAGGUGUGAUCCGUGGGCGUGAAAUGCCUUUUCCUCAACAACAAAUCGAUCCCUGUAAUUCCGGAAACAUUAUUCCGUCUUGUCCGUUGAAGAAAAAUGAACUUUAUCAAUUUAAAGCAUGGUUUGAAGUAAAACCGUAUUAUCCACCGAUUUCUCUCAAAGUAAGUUAUAUGCUUACCGAUCCUACUGAGCAGAAGAUUGCCUGUGUUCAGGUAGCAACGAAAAUUGUCGAUCCCAAAAAGAGGAACAUUAAAUCAAAUCAAGCUAAUCGAUCAUUGCGUAAUCGAAUGAAAAAAAAUCGCCAAAAAAAGCUUAAGAAAUAAUGCGAAAAUAAAGUCUUAAUUGUUUUAUAGUCAUAA